UCAGAAUUGUGAGAAUCAGAAGUGCAAUGGCUAACAAGAACGGGAUUGAUGUAACAGAGUUUGCCCAUUUUGCAAAUCCUGACUGGGAAGAUCCAGUGCACAGGAGGUGCAUCGCUGCAAGCCUAGUGAAUGUUGUGUACCUCCUUGAAACCAACGAAAACCAGGCUAAUGAAUUGUGUUGCUUGCUUCAAUUUGAAGUGAAGGAAACUGUAAUCGAUGACAAUGACAACUCUAUAUAUGGGGUUGUUUUUCAGUGGCAUGGAACAACGAAUGCAGGUCCAGGUGGGCCUCCUUCUAAAGUAGUUGCAUUCAGAGGUACGCUUCUUCGACCAAAAAAUAUUUCUCAUGACUUGGUCGAAGACAUGAAGGUAGCCAUUAGGCACUAUGACUCCAUAUCCAGGGUUGAAAAGGGCUUACAAUACCUAAGAAAGAGCCUGCAUAACAAUGGGUACAACAAUAUUUGGCUUGCAGGGCAUUCAUUGGGAGCUGCUAUUGCAUUGGGAACAGCAAUGAACCUUAUGAAGGAAGAACGUCAUAAUCUUGAAGCACAUCUUUUCAAUCCUCCAUUUAUUUGUCCUACUGUUCCACAGUUGAAAGUUUUUGAAAUGGGUGGAAACUUUUCAGUGUUGAGAGACAAUCAGAGAUCGCUUGAGUUGUACGCUAAGUUCGUUGGCAUCAGCGAUUGGGUACCCAACAUCUAUGUGAACCAAAAGGAUCCCAUCUGUCAAACUUAUGUUCACUAUUUUGAGGUGUUAAUGGGUAUAUAUAGACAUAAAAGUCAUUUGCUUUAUGAGAGUAUGAAGUAUCUCUUUUCUUUUGAUCUGGUUAAGAAGAAAAGCCCCUGGCAUUUAGUUCCCUCUGCUACGGUGAUUGUGGCGACAAAACAUUUCUUUCACAACCAUCAUACUAUUCGUCAAUGGUGGCUUAAGGAUCUUCGUAUCAAUAGUAUUGAAUAUAUCCCUCCAGAUGAAGUUAUUCAAAGUAUCAAAUAUAACCUUCCAGUUGAAACGGUUUAGUAGAAUUCCACAGUGCAGCUUCUCAUCCUUUCUUGACAGUAAAGAAGAGUGAUGUAAGUGCAUGUUUUACAUAUGCAUAUGUAUGUUUGAAUAGUAAUGUAUCAAUAACUUUUUCUUUCACAUAAAUACAUUAUAGAAAUAUA